AUGUCAGCUUCAGCACUUUUGAAGAGCCGUAUUCGGCGGCCGUCCUACCUGAAGAAGCUUGCUAAGGCAGAGGACUUGAUCCAUCACUUCCCCAAUGAAUCGUAUAUCGGAUGGUCGGGCUUUACAGGUGUUGGGUAUCCCAAGAUGGUCCCCACUGCACUUGCCGAUCACGUCGAGAAGAAUAAGCUCCAAGGCCAAACGAAGUACAGCCUAUUUGUUGGAGCAUCCUCUGGAGCAGAGACAGAGAAUCGUUGGGCAGAAUUGAAUAUGGUUUCAAGGCGAGCUCCUCAUCAAGUUGGCAAGCCGAUUGCUAAGCGUAUCAAUGCUGGCGAGAUCCAAUUCUUUGACAAGCACUUAUCCAGCUUUCCGAGUGACUUGGUAUAUGGCUUCUAUACAAAAGAUAGACCGAGAAACUCAAUCGAUGUAGCAGUCAUUGAAGCCUCAGCCAUCACAGAAUGUGGUGGUAUUAUUCCUGGUGCCUCUGUUGGUGCUUCGCCUGAGUUGAUUCAGAUGGCUGAUAAAGUCAUCAUCGAGGUUAACACCGCCAUGCCUUCAUUCGAGGGUUUGCAUGAUAUCGUCGGAUCUGAUCUGCCUCCUGGCCGUAAGCCAUAUCUGAUCAUGGCCCCCGAGGACCGCAUUGGAACUCCAUUCAUCCCCAUUGACCCUGAGAAGGUCGUUGCGGUUGUGGAAAGUAACUAUCCUGAUCAAACUCAGCCGAAUGCCCCCGAAGAUGCGGAUUCUCAGGCGAUCGCAACCAACCUCAUUGAGUUUUUGAAGUAUGAAGUUUCCAAAGGCCGCUUGCCUCCCAAUCUUCUUCCAAUUCAAUCAGGCAUUGGAAACAUUGCCAAUGCGGUAGUUGGUGGUUUGUCAAAGGGUGGCGCAGACUUUAAGAACCUCAAAGUUUGGACAGAAGUCCUGCAAGAUUCCUUCCUUGACCUCUUCGACAGCGGUAACCUCGACUUUGCCACUGCUACUUCCAUCCGUUUCUCACCUGACGGAUUCAAGCGUUUCUAUGAUAACUGGGAUCGCUACGCUGGCAAGCUCCUCCUCCGCUCGCAGCAAGUCUCCAACAAUCCCGAAAUCAUUCGUCGACUGGGCUGUAUCGGCAUGAACACCCCCGUCGAAGUGGACAUCUACGCCCACGCAAACUCCACCUGUGUCAUGGGCUCGCGCAUGCUGAACGGACUCGGUGGUUCGGCUGAUUUCUUGCGUAAUUCCAAGUACUCCAUUAUGCAUACCCCGUCUACCCGGCCCAGCAAGACUGAUCCGACCGGUGUGAGCUGUAUCGUGCCAUUCGCCACACAUAUCGAUCAGACUGAGCAUGAUCUUGAUGUCAUUGUCACGGAGCAGGGUCUUGCUGAUGUCCGUGGUCUUUCGCCGCGUGAGCGUGCUCGUGUUAUUAUUAAGAAGUGCUCGCACCCGGAUUACUACCCCAUCCUUACUGAUUAUCUGGAUCGGGCGGAGUUUGAGUGCUUGCGCAAGGGUAUGGGUCAUGAGCCGCACAUGCUUUUCAAGGCCUUUAAGAUGCAUCAGAACCUCCAGGAGAACGGUACUAUGAAGAUUGACUCUUGGGAGUAG